AUGAGCCGGUCGAAUUCCAGGUCCACGACGAGAGACGGAAUGACGUCGUCGGCGGAAGCGAAAAGCGGCGGCAAGUCGUCGUCGGAAGCGAAAAGCUAUGGCAGGUCGUCGAUGGACGCGAAAAGCGGAAGCAAUCCGUCGACCGACUCGAAAAGCGGCAAGCCGUCGAAGGUGUGCAGCGAACCGUUGAUGUUCGGCAAGCGGCCGCCGGUGGACUACAGCUCCGUGACCGACGAUCGGCACGCGGUGGACGCGAAGCCGAAGUGCGCGCAGCCGCCCGGGUGCCUGCCCAACGGGUGCAUCAAGACGGAACAGCAUUUCGCGUGCGACCGGCAGCUAGUGAAAACGCUGGCGCAGUACAUGUCGCCGGAAGAGCGGAGGAAAGUGCUCAUGUGGCUGGAGGCGCUCGGCGAGAUGACGCUGGACGACGACGAGCUGUCCGACCGGUCCAUGUACGUCACGUGCCUGAUGUUGCUGCUCCAGACCGGUCAGCUGGUGCCGCCGUUCACGAGGGUGCCUCCGCCGCGCCCGCUCAAGACGCUCCGGGACGUGAUCGACAAGCGGCUGUUCAAGAAGGUCCAGAUCGAGUGCCGGAAGCGCAGGCUGUACGAGCGCGUGCAAUACGAACACCCGGACCGCAGCGUCGCGCAAAAGCCGUCCGACUUUUACGGGCAUAUGCCGACGCCCAAAGAGGGCAUAUUCUGUUACGGGGCUGCUUUUAGCACACUGGACUGA